AUGGGGCGCGGCCAUGUGGUUUCCCAGCUGCCGAUGUUGCUAGCGCCGUUUUCGCCGUUGGAAGCAUUCGGACUUUGGGGUCAGCUUUGUCAGUCCUGGCGCCAGCGCUUGUGGGCUGAAAACACUCGGAAAGAGGUCCUGUCACAUUUGAACUUCGGAGUGCUACGAUUGGACCAUGACAAAAGCAUCAGCGCUUGUGCAGCGUUGGCCAAGUACAUCCCAGACACCUUGCAUGUUCUUGUUAAUGUAGAAAAGGCCUUUGAAAAGACACUGGUCGACGUAACUACCCAGUCCCCGACGGCUCCGGGUGCGGGCCUGCCUCCGGGAGAUUGGGAUGGCAAACCAAUGUUCGAGCACAUUCUGGACGACAUGUCGGAUGCAGAGAGGCAGCACAUUUUGGAGAAUAUAGUGCUGAGUGAUGACCCCAGCAGCAAACACUUUGCCAAGCGUCACAAAGCCAUUCGCUUUGUCACCAUCAUCAAUGGCAGAGUGCAGACGUUCACUCAGAACUACUUCCUUCAGGAUGUGGAGUACAAUGACUUCUCAGGUGGACUCCGCAGAUACUAUGGUUUGAUCAAUGAAGACCUCUUUGAGCCUGGUGCCCCCGUCGCCAAAGUGGUCUUGAAUUUUGCCGAGUACUAUGGGAUUCCAGAGAAAACUGCCAUCCUCAUUCAGAUCCAGACCAGCUACUUUGACAAAAAAGAAUAUGCAAAGACCCGUGCCAGUGUGACUGGGCAAGGUAUCCACACAGAUGGCGCAGAUCGUGCCAUGCUUGUCUGUUUGCAUCGGGGAGACAAGCUUGAGGGUGCAGAGAACCUAUUCCAUGCCUCAUUGGAUGGCACGGAACCAUUGUGUGAGGAGUUGCCUUUGCAAAACCGAGAAGGCCUUUACUUCAAAGACAACAGCCUCUAUCACACGGUCACCAGAGCACAGGUUGGCAAGUACCAGAACUUGGAGCAGGUGCUGAAUUUGGACUUCUUCCGCUGCCACUUGGGACAAGCAGCUGCUGAACAACUGGCAUCGGCCAUCCCUCCAGGCUUGCUCCACUUGCAGCUCGGGUUGACCCGAUCUCGUGUGGGCAGUGGUGGAUUGCGGCGCCUGGCGGAGAAACUGCCAUCAAGUUUGAAGAGUCUGUGGUUGGAUGUAGGAUCUUGUUUUGUGGGCAAUGAGGGCAUCUUGGCCAUCAACCUCCAGGCGCUUCCGGAUCUCAAGUCCUUCCACCUUUCUGCAGAAAAUGAUCUGAAGGUCGACGAUACCUCCUUGCAGUUCUUGGCCGAUGGCAUAUCUUCGCUGUCGACGUUGCGUCUGGAUUUUUCCAGAUGCCGGGUGAGCUUCCGUGGAAUCCAGUACUUGGCCGAGAGGCUUCCAGCAUUGGAAACGUUGCAACUCAGCUUCUGCAAUUGCCACGUCAGUCCUGAUGGCGCCUCUUCCCUGGCAGCAAGGCUCCCACCAACCCUGACAGAGUUGAGCCUCAACUUCUGCCGUGGAGAAAUUGGGGAUGCCUCUCGGAUUCACAUCUUUUUGGUCCAUUCAACGGCGCUGAGAUUGGAUUUGACAGGCAUCCCGAUUCGAAUGGAGGCCCUGGUAUUUCCUCCAAGUUUGACACAUCUGGACUUGACUGUUGGCGCAUUGAAGGGAGACAUCCGGAGAUUGAGGCAAAACUUUCCGGGAUCGAAACUCAGCACUUGA